AUGGUAAAGUCGAGAGCCGAGCUGUUUGCAGAGAUCAAUGUUACUCCACCAGCAAAGGACAGUGACAAUGAGUCAGUUGAAGGGAAAGAAGAUAUGCCGGAAAGAGAAACGAAAGUUGGUGAAAAGAAAUUCUGUAACCAUUAUUAUAUAGGCUACAGUAAUUGGUGUUGGGAAGGCUCCUCGACUGCCACUCUCCCCAGUAGGAAAUAUACCAUUGCCUACGACGGCAAGUACACCUGCAACAAAAGAAAAUCUCCAUCCGACAAUACCAUCUACACCAAAUGCCAGCAACAAUCUACCAGGUCGAGUAAAUACUAUUAGCGAAGAUCUGGCUCCUUUAACGACGACACCAAAUUUCAGCAACACUCUCUGUGGUGUACAAAAUAUCGCUCUUGGUGGGAUAACCAACGCUAGCCAAGAUCUGAUAGUCCCUUUGACAUCAGAUGUCAGCAACUGCACUCUUCUUGAUUUGGACAGUAUCGUUAGCGAAGAUCUGGCUCCUUUAACGACGACACCAAGUAUUGCUCCUGGUGGGAUAACAAAUGCUAGCGAAGAUCUGAUAGUGCCUUCGACACCAAAUGCCAGCAAUUGCACUCUCUCUGAUUUGGACAGCAUCGUUCCUGGUGGGUACUCCUGUUACGACGAACUACCGCACAUAUCGUAAUUUGGACGUUCCCCAGUUCUUAUCUUCCUCUUUUUCAGAUCCACUUCUGUAUCCCUCAUCAUCCAAUAAUCCCUUUCCUUUCAAACAAGAUCGAAGCGAUCCUAGAAUCGACGAAAUCAUGAACAACCAAAAAAUGAUCAUGAGCAGCCUGAAUUCGUUGACUGGACAUGUGAAGCAGUUAAUCCAGCAGCAACAUACCAACAUUCCACUAUGCCAUAAUGAAAUUGUUGGUGACGGUGGUCAAGUUGUUGCCACUGUUGGUACAUCAUACCAGGAAUCGGAAGAAGAUAACGAUAUUUUGCCAUCAACUGUCCCCGAAAACUCUGCAACCGACAUGCCAUUAUCCCAACCACCACCAUCGUCAGACUUAGUAAGCAACGACAAAUUGGCAGCAAUCAAACUUAAAGCUCUGGCCCAACAGCUUUCGCCGGUGUUUUGUUCAGAAAUCUAUUCACUUUGGACGAAAUGA